CGUGAAACAAAGUGUAGUGUCCGCGAGAGCCCGUAGGAAGCGAAAAGAGAGAAACGGGAGAAAGGAGAGAAUGGGGUGGUUGAAUCCCAAACUACACCAGGAAUAAUAACCAUAUAGCGAAGAAUAAGACCGAAGACGGAGGAAAAGUCGCAGGAAGAAAACUUUUCAGGGGGCGAAACUGUUACAGACUCUCGCACGAUCGCAGUUUAAAACAUGGAUACACUUUUCCCUGUGCUCCUGGGACUCCUGUUUGUCUUUUCGGCAGUUGAUCAUGUCUGCGGCCAAAUACCAACAGCUCACAUGGGGCGUGCUGAGAAGGGAAGCUGUACGUUUGAUGAGGGCUUCUCUCAGUGUGAUUAUCAACAAGACCCUUAUGAUGACUUCGACUGGACGCACAUCAACACCCAGGAAGUACCAUAUGUCUCACCAGACUUGCCACAAGGUUCCUACAUGUAUGUUGACAUCUCUCAGUAUGAUGUUGGAGAGAAGGCAAGGUUUCAGCUGCCUGUCAUGAAGGAGAAUGACACUCACUGUAUUGACUUCAACUAUCUCCUAACCAGCCCUGAUGGCUCCAGCCCUGGCACCCUUAACGUCCUGGUGAAGGUAAACAAGGGUCCGUUAGCCAACCCAAUAUGGAACGUGACAUCCUACACUGGUAAAGACUGGCUGAGAGCAGAACUUGCCGUGUCCACCUUUUGGCCCAAUGAAUAUCAGGUCAUAUUUGAAGCAGAGAUUUCGGACAGCAAAGCCGGCUUUAUCGCCAUAGACGACAUUCAGGUGCUCAGCUAUCCAUGCGAUAAAUCCCCUCAUUUCCUGCGCCUUGGGGAUGUAGAGGUGAAUGCAGGACAGAAUGCUACAUUUCAGUGUAUUGCCACAGGACGAGACACCUCUAACAAUAAACUGUGGCUACAGAGGAGAAAUGGAGAAGAUAUUCCUGUGGCCUUGACAAAAAACAUCAACCACAGAAGGUUUGCUGCCUCCUUCCACCUCAAAGAAGUCACCAAUCAGGAUCAAGAUCUGUAUCGCUGCGUCACCCAAUCAGAGCGUGGCUCUGGGGUGUCUAACUUUGCGGGGCUUAUCGUCAGAGAGCCUCCGCACCCCAUUGCCCCACCUCAGCUCCUUGGCGUCGGCCCUACGUACUUGCUAAUUCAGCUCAACGCAAACUCCAUAUUUGGAGAUGGACCGAUAAUACUAAAAGAGGUUGAGUACCGUAUGACGUCAGGCAGCUGGACUGAGACUCACGCUGUGAACUCUCCUAACUACAAGUUAUGGCACCUUGACCCAGACACAGAGUACGAGAUCAGAGUGUUACUAACCCGACCAGGAGAAGGAGGGACAGGCAAGCCUGGGCCCCCACUCAUUACUCGGACCAAAUGUGCAGAACCCAUGCGGACUCCAAAGAGGCUGAAAAUUGCUGAGACCCGGUCUCGUUUGAUAGCGGUGGACUGGGAAUCACUGGGUUACAAUAUCACCCGCUGUCACACCUUUAACGUUACCAUCUGUUACCAUUACACGACUGCCAACAACCACAGCAAAGCUGACUGCUUGGACAUGGAUCCUAAAGCACCACGCCACUUGGUGGGAAACCUGCCACCCUACACAAAUGUUAGCCUGAAGAUGAUACUCACCAACCCAGAGGGGCGCAAAGAGAGUGAUGAAACCAUCAUACAAACUGAUGAAGAUGUUCCAGGUCCAGUUCCCAGUCAGUCACUCAGAGCCACUCCAUCUGAAGAGACAAUAAGUCUCUCCUGGAAGGAACCAACUGAACCCAAUGGAGUGAUCAUACAAUAUGAGGUCAGCUACAGCGGUGUGCGAUCAUUUGACCCUUCGGUUCCUCUGCAACGACCAGGACUCACAGUGUCUCUGCCAUCAAACACUACCCAUCACACGUUUUCCCAGCUCCACCCGGGUGUCACGUACCUGCUGUCUAUUCGAGCAUCUACCUCCAAAGGGUUCGGUCCAGCAACGAUGCUUAAUGUGACAACUAAUAUUUCAGCCCCAACUAUAGAUGAGUAUGAUGGAUCAGAGGCUUUUCUAAAUGAGACUGCAACAACCAUCACUGUCCUGCUGAAACCUGCCCAGGCUAAAGGAGCACCCAUAAGUGCAUACCAAAUUGUGGUGGAAGAAGUGAAUCCUCAGCGAACACGUCGUCAGGCUUCUUCUGACUGUUAUGAGGUACCAGUUUCCUACCACAGUGCAUCAAGUGGUGGAUCCCCAUAUUAUUAUGCUGCCCAGCUUUCCCCUAGCAACCUGCCCGAGCCACUUCCCUUUACUGUAGGAGACAACAAGACAUAUCAGGGUUUCUGGAAUCCUCCACUAGCUCCAAGGAAGAACUACAACAUCUAUCUUCAAGCUGUUAGCAGCACAGAGAGGGAAACUAAGACACAAUGUCUGAGGCUGGCAGCUAAACGUGCUACAGAGGAACCAGAAGUCAUCCCUGACCCCGCUAAACAGACGGAUCGUGUGGUGAAAAUCGCUGGAAUAAGUGCUGGUGUUCUCGUUUUUAUACUGCUGGUGCUGGUAGCCAUCCUGCUGGUCAAGAAGAGGAGGACCUACUAUUCAUACUCUUAUUACCUGAAGCUGGCUAAAAAACGUAAAGAUGCCAUUGGAACAACACGGCAAGAAAUGACACACAUGGUGAAUGCUAUGGACCGCAGCUAUGCUGACCAGAGCACCCUGCAUGGAGAAGACCCAAUGGCUGUGACAUUUAUGGACUCUCACAACUACAACAACAGAUUGCCCAACGACCCUCUGGUUCCUACUGCUGUGUUAGUUCCAAUCACAGAUGAGAACCACAGCGGCUCUGCAGCAGAGAACAGCAGACUCCUGGAUGUCCCUCGGUAUCACUGUGAAGGAACUGAAUCUCCUUAUCAGACAGGACAACUUCACCCUGCCAUCAGAGUGGCUGAUCUCCUACAGCACAUCAACUUAAUGAAAACGUCCGACAGCUACGGUUUCAAAGAAGAAUAUGAAUUGGUGAUACAGAGCUUCUUCGAGGGCCAAUCGGCCUCCUGGGACGUAGCCAAGAAAGAGCAGAACCGUACCAAAAACCGCUAUGGGAACAUUAUAGCAUAUGACCAUUCAAGGGUUAUUCUCCAGCCCAUAGAAGACGACCCAUCCUCCGACUACAUCAACGCCAACUACAUCGAUGUAAGUGGAAACGCAUCGAAUGCUACUAUUGGCUCCCAACGAAACCAACGAAACCACACUCCCUCGCUCAUUUGGCUGUACAGGGAUGGAUACCAGAGGCCAAGUCACUACAUUGCUACUCAGGGUCCUGUUCAUGAGACAGUGUAUGACUUCUGGAGGAUGGUGUGGCAGGAACAGUCAGCCUGCAUCGUGAUGGUAACCAAUUUGGUGGAGGUUGGAAGGGUCAAAUGCUAUAAGUAUUGGCCAGAUGAUGCUGAAGUGUAUGGAGACUUCAAGGUGACUUUUGUAGAGGUUGAACCUCUUGCUGAAUACGUGGUUCGCACAUUUACAUUGGAGAGGCGUGGUUUCAAUGAAGUCCGGGAAGUCAAGCAGUUCCACUUCACAGGCUGGCCUGAUCACGGAGUUCCAUACCAUGCCACGGGACUACUUUCCUUCAUCCGCAGAGUUAAAAUUUCCAAUCCACCCUCUGCAGGACCAAUUGUGGUCCACUGCAGUGCUGGAGCAGGACGCACUGGCUGUUUCAUAGUCAUCGACAUCAUGCUGGACAUGGCAGAGAGAGAAGGCGUGGUCGACAUCUACAACUGUGUCAAGGCUCUCCGCUCCAGGAGGAUCAACAUGGUACAGACUGAGGAGCAGUAUAUAUUCAUCCAUGACGCCAUACUGGAGGCUUGUCUAUGUGGAGAAACAGCCAUACCAGUCUGCGAGUUCAAAGCGGCUUUUUAUGAGCUGAUCCGCAUAGAUUCCCAGACCAACUCGUCCCAUCUGAAGGAUGAGUUCCAGACGUUAAACUCAGUGACUCCCCAGCCUCAGCCAGAAGACUGCAGCAUUGCAUUGUUGCCUAGAAACCAAGAUAAGAACCGCUUUAUGGAUGGCCUACCUCCCGAUAGAUGCUUACCCUUUCUUAUCACAAUAGAUGGAGAAAGCAGCAACUACAUCAAUGCUGCCCUGAUGGAUCUGUCAGAAGAGUUCCAGAGCUACAGACAGCCUGCUGCAUUCAUCGUUACCCAGCAUCCUUUGCCUAACACUGUCAAAGACUUUUGGCGUCUAGUUUACGACUAUGGAUGUACCAGUCUGGUGAUGCUGAAUGAGAUCGACCUGGCUCAGGGUUGUCCUCAAUACUGGCCAGAAGAGGGCAUGCUGCGUUACGGUCCAGUCCAGGUGGAAUGUAUGUCCUGUUCGAUGGACUGUGAUGUUAUCAGUAGACUCUUCAGAGUCUGCAACCUGACCAGGCCUCAGGAAGGCUACCUGAUGGUUCGUCAGUUCCAGUACCUGGGUUGGGCGGGUCAUAGAGAAGUCCCUGCCUCCAAACGCUCCUUCCUGAAAUUGAUUCUUCAGGUCGAUCAGUGGCAACGUGAGGGAGAAGAGGGAGAAGGCAGAACCAUUGUACAUUGCCUAAAUGGAGGUGGGCGUAGUGGAGUAUUCUGUGCCAGCAGUAUCGUGUGUGAGAUGGCCAAGAGACAGAGUGUGGUUGAUGUCUUCCACGCUGUGAAAACCUUGAGGAACAGCAAACCUAACAUGGUGGAUACUCCGGAGCAGUAUAGGUUCUGUUACGACCUGGCAUUGGAGUUCAUCGAGUCCUCCUAAGCCAAGGAUAGAAUUGGAGAAGGUGAAGAAGAGCUGGAGAACAUCUGUUCACUUCUUGUGCGUUUGACCCUUUGCUUGGUCCCGACUCCCUUCUGUGGUGACUGUUCUGUAGUAUCCAAUUUGCAUCCCUACAAAUGGCGCAAGUGAAUUUGGCUCCUUGUACAGUGAUGUUGAACAAAGGGAAAUGUUUAGACUUUGGACAGGGAGUGUGAUAAAGAGGAGUGAGCAGAGGAGGAGAUGUUACUCCUGUUACUCCUUUAUUCUUAUUGUACAGCUUUUGAGUGCCAGCGGGCCCCUGUAUGUUUUGGGCCCCAUUUAAACAUUUAGCCUCUCGCCACAGCUCCCAUGGACAUAAUGCUUUGUGCUGUUUCAGCUACAGUACUCAAUGUGCACUGCAGAUGUCUCCCUUCCCCUUGCAAAAUGCAACCACAGCUUUUGAUAAAACGCAAAUUAAAGUUACCAUUGGCCCCUCAUUACCGCUCUUGUGCUAAUUUAACAGUGUUGGGCAUCUCAUCAUCAUCAUGGUAAUGUUUAAGUAUUUGCAGCCAGUACUUUUGUAUAAGAACAAGAAACUCUGUGACUGCUUCUGUUUCUAGUCCAUAUUUCUUCGUCUUAUUUUCUGCUCAUUUCAGUGAACUCUGUGUCACAACAUUACUAUGUAUUUUUAUUAUCUACUCAGUAGCCACUUUGAACUCAUUUUAUUUUGGUUACACAUGAUUGAUUGUCGGAUUAUGGAACAGAGACAAAGAAAAUAAUCUAUCAUUCUAAGUUUGGCUCUUAAAUACAAUAGUGUCUGAGAAAAACACUGACUAUGAGACAAGACAAAACGGAAAGUUUACAUUGGGGGUAUUUAGCUUUUAGAAUUUUUAUAAUAUCAUGAAAUGGUAACUUGAAAAAUGUUAUGUAGGAUUUUCACUAAAAUGUAUUUGUGUUAUGUAUCAUCGUUUAUGUUUUCUGCAGUCACUGAGAGCUGCUGAGUUUAUUCUUUCUGAUUACUUUUGUAGUAUUAUGUAACAAUCUACUGUAAAGAAGUGUUGUGCCCCAAAUGGAACACGUGUUCAUCCAUGUGACAUUAGCCUAAUCAUGUUUGUUUCAGGGCUGGGCCCAAUGCACUUUCAAUUCAGCCAAUUAACAAAUGGAAUAUCUUUCAAAAGCAUGAAAAGCUUUUGGAAACAAGAAAAUCAGUUCAUUUACUAUUAUCAACAAAAGAGAUUUAACAUUUUUUUUCAAAAGAGAAAUUACAGUUUCCGUUUAGGCUUUGAAGAGAAUUGGCAGUGAACUGAUCCCAGGCCUCAUUUGUUUUGUGCACUGGUGGUCAACACUUGUUUUAAUAUUAUUUUGUAGCUGAUGUUUAUUCAUAAGCCAAAGACUUUAUGUAAAUAUAUCUUUAUGGAUAAAGCACAUUGUUUGUAUUUAUUGUUUGUUUACUUGCAUUGCUUGUAAGAACAAUCAUUUUUCAUUCCAUGUUUACUCUACCACCGGCAUUUCUUAACCCACACGUUGGGACACAAAAUGGGCUGCAAGUCUGUUUCUUCUGGAGCCUGAGCGUGUUAGUGUGAUGUACUGAGCCCAUAUGUGGUCCCAAAGUUAGACACUAUAUCUGGUCAAUUUGGGUCCAUGAAGAAGAGUUUAAGAAUCCCUGAUUGAAGCUGUAUAUUAAAGCAUUAGAGGUAGCUUUUCAGUAUUUACGUGGAAUUCUCUAGUGUUGUCUUUGUUUUCACUUAAUGAAUCUCUGUGAUGUUAAUGUAGUUUAUUUGUGUAAAGCCCAUGGCUCUGUUCGUGGUCAGUAGAACAUCAGUGCAUUUAUAUGCACAAAGCAUUUUGGAUAAUAGCUCCUAUCCCUCUUAACGUCUCAGUCGGGAUAAGCUGUUUAUCUUCAUCCUCAUAUCCUGUUCACCAUUAUCCCUGAACACACACUGACUCAGUUGUGCAAACAGGCUUAGUGGCUGGAACAUGCAGGACUGUGAUACAAAAACAUUUAUUGUGCCUAAUCAUUUAACAGUAUCUUUGAUCGCAACCAGGGCCUUGUUGAAUGCGUUCUUAUGGACGAUCAGUGUUUUGAACACCUUUUUGACCAUGAUUCAUUGUGUUUUAUUCAUUAGAGUGCUUCUUUGUAAGGUUUUACGAGCUUACCGAAUACCAGAUGUUUGUGCACAAACUGAUUCAGAAAAAAAAACUUUAUUGUAAAUAAAAUGCCAUAUGUUCCAAUCAGUUGGAGCAAGAACAGCCCUUCUCCCGAGUAUGUUUUGUAAAUAGACUACCAUGAGUACUCUAAAUAGCUCUAUUGUUAGAUGAACAGUAGAGAUGUAGAUGAUGGAUGCAAUGUCAGAAUAUUAGUUCUGUUGUAGAUAAAAAGUCACAGAUUGUCCUCUUGGAGGAUUCAAAUUCAAAUAUUGCCAGAUGGUAGAUUUCACUGAAUACAGAACUUUGUUCUGUUGGUGGAACAUCAACUUUCAGUUUCUUUUUCUAGAUUUCUGUUCUGACCCAAAGAAGGGAAAGAAAACUCAGAGGCCAUAAUGUGGUACAAGUUUAAUUGUCUUCAAUGAUGAUGGGAUUACCAUUUUGGCUAAACUUACUGUUUCACCGGAGAGUGAUGAGGGUAUUAACAGAAAGUGACUAUAGUAAGGAAACCCGCUGAACAACACUCUUAAGGGAAAAGUUGUAGAAAAAAUCUGAAAAUACCCAUAAUUCUUGUUUACUAAAUCUGAAGGCCCUCAAGUGUACUGACUGAAGCUGGCCACUGGACGACAGGUCAGUCUGAGUACAGAAUUAAUAUACAUGGUUCAUCAUUAUUAUUGUCUGUAAUGUUUGGCUUCUUUGCUGUAAUAAAGACCACUUCUUUAAUUAAAA